CUGCUACAAUGUUUAAUGACACACAAAUUAUACAAAAAUAUUCAUCUGAUGGAAUUAUUUGUGUAAUUCCUGCUUAUCGUUUAGGGGUUUUUGGUCUUUUAGAUUUAGGGAAUGAUAAAACUGUUAAAAGGAAUUUGGCAAUGCAUGAUAUAAUUUUUGCGUUAGAAUGGGUUCAAAAAGAAAUUCACAAUUUUGGUGGAAAUAAUAAAAGAAUUACUGCAAUGGGAAAUAGUGCCGGUGCUUCUGCUCUAAUUUAUUUAUGUGGUUCUCCAGCUGUAAGGGAAGGAUUAUUUCAACAGGCAUUCAUUAGUUCUGGAGUUCCUUUUUUUACAAAAGAUGCAAAUUUAAAACAAAGUUUUGCUCUUCUAGAACAUUUUAAUUGCCUUCGAGAUAAUUCAACAAACAAAACAUUUUCUGAUAAACAAAAAGUUGAAUGUUUACGUAAAGUUGAUUCAUUAGAUUUAUUACGACAACAACAAUACAACGAAAAUUUUGGUCUUGUUUUUAGUGGACCCGAGUCAGAUACAGAAAUACUUCCAUUUGAUAAUUUUGUACAUUUAUUAAGAAAUUGGAAGCCAAUUCCAUUAAUGAUUACAACAACAAUAAUUGAAUUUGAUCGUUGGUCAGAUGAUAGAUUAGACAAGGAAUGUUUUAAAGCAACAGGAACUUUUGGUUAUUAUUCUCUCCAAUCAUAUAAUGCUUGUUUUGAUAGAUAUAAAGAUGAAUUUAAUAUAUCAACACAUAUGCGUGUUUCUUAUGAAUCUAUACAUUCUGAAGCAUUUUUAGCAUCUUUAGUAAAUACAAGAUUCGGUGGAGUUAGUUAUGUUGGUGAAUUUGAAAUUGCUAAUUACUCGAACCAUGCUAGUGAUAUAACUGAUUUAAAAUUAAUGAAUAAUUAUUAUCCAAAAAUGGUUAAAAAUUUUAUAAGAGGACAUUCUCCUGAUAAAAGUUGGAGACCUCAAACUUGGAAUGGAAGAAAUUAUUUUCGAAUAACUUUUAAUGUUAGCGACAAUAAUACAAUUUUGGAAGCACCUCAUAAUGAUGUGAAAGGCUUAGAUUUUUGGUUACAUGAUAUGCCAAUUGUGGAGAGAAAAGCCCGUCAAAAUAUUGAAGGGAAUUAUAGUAAUAAAGAGGAUAAAGAAAAAGAUAAUUGGUUAGAUUUAUUUGGAAAUAAACAAGAUAAAAAUAAAUUUGAAGAAGCUAUUAAGCCUUUUUUGCCAAUAAUUGGUUCUUCUUUUGCUGUUUUACCCUCAAAUGAUUUUUCAAACGAAGAAGAAAAUGAAAAUAACACAGAAAUAAUUAAAAAUGAUAAUUAUCAAAAUUCACCGCAACUAAAUAAAAAAGAAUCAACUUCAGAAUUAUUAAAUGUAUCAGCAUUUUGGAUUUUAAUUUUUAUUACUGCCUUUUUAGCUAUCACACUUUUAUUAACAACUACAACUAAAUUUGUUUAUCAACACAAAAACAUCCAAAAUGGUUAUUCUCAAAUGCCUGAAAGCUAUGAAAUUUUUAAUGAAAAGUCUAGAAUUAUUACGGUCAAUAGUAGAAAUAAUCCUCAAUACAUGUAAAAUAAAUAGAAAAUAUUUACAUAGAUAUUUAUGUUUAAUUUUAUGAUAUUUUGAUAAUUUAUAAACAUAUGCACUAAAAUUAUUUUAAAAGAAUAUUUAAGAGGACUUAUUAAAUUUGUGGCCCUAAAGAGGGGCUUGGUUUUUUAGUCAACAGAAACGUCUUCGGCAAGUAAUGACAUGGAGAAGUAGGCCGAAUUAAUGGAUUUUGUACUGUUUUUGUUUAUUGGGAUGAAUCGUGGUGGGACGAAAUGUGUGAGGGACGAAUUUAGGUUUGACGAGUCUGAGUGGGACGAAUUAUGGAGUUGCCAGAA